AUAAAGUUGGCUGACGUAUUGUGGCUGCUCGGAUUUCAUCUGUCGCUCAAUUUAUCAUGCCGAAUUAUUUGGAUUGAAGGACUUGACGUGUGAAGAUGAGUGUGGAAGUGGAAAGAAAGUUUUUAUGCAGUGCCGACACUCUGAAAACACUGGAAGAGAUCGGUGUGUGUGUUGGUCAGCGCCAGUUUCAUGACCAGUACUUUGACACCCCCAAGUUUGACCUGACUUUGAGAGACGUGUGGCUGCGUAAACGUAAAGGAUGCUGGGAGCUCAAGUGCCCAACAACAGUCGACGGGGCAGAAGAGACGAGCGGAGAACAACGUAAAGCGGCAGCACUGUGCACUCGCUACAAGGAGAUAACCAGUCUGCCUGAAAUUCAACUGAGAGUGAAAGAGGUCAUAAAAGACGUUUGUGAGGACAGAGAGACGAGCCCCUCACAGGAGGAUGAGGAGUCUUGGCUGAGUAAAAUGAACCUGGUGUGCUUUGCAGAGUUUGCAACGGUGCGGCGGACAUUCACUUUAGCGGAGGAGGGGGUGCAGAUAGACCUCGACCAAGCUGACUUUGGCUACCAUGUGGGAGAGAUCGAGGUCCUCGUUCCACAGGGAGGAGAUGUGCAGUCUGCCUUGGAGAAGAUUGAAAGAACAGCUCGAAAGCUGGGACUGACUGGAGAUCAGCGAGUUGAGGGAAAAAUGAAUAUUUACCUUAAAAGGAAUCACCCAGAGCACUAUGCAAAGCUACUGAGUGAACAUGUUAUAUAAAACAUAUUCAUCAUCUGUAACAGUUACAGCUUAAUAGUUUAAGAUGUACAUUUUAUAUGUCUAAAGCCGAGUUAUAAUGAAUUAGAAAAUCAGUCUAAAAAAUGAAACCGUAUUCACUGGUUAUAAAGACCUGAACCUCUCAAGACAUUUCCUGAAUUUGAAACUUUAGAAAACAGCAAUAGGCCUUUGCACUUGCAGGGUGCUCAAUGGCUGCUAUCACCUCCACUUGACCUUUUUGUGUCGUAUGCACCACAUGCAACAGUUAGGUUUGUAUCUGAGAGUGUGAGUGGAACUGUGAACACUGGAAAUAAAUGGGGUGCC